AAACCCCUCCCUCUCGUCCUCCCUCGCCUGCUUCCGCACGGAGGGACGGACAGUGGGAUGGGGAGAGAAGUUUGCCUGCGGCGCGCUUCGCUCAACAUUAAACUGUAUUUCAUUUUAGGGGGAAACAGCAACAAGAGGAGCCCUACGGAGGAGCUUUCCAGGGAAUGCUGAGGGAAUAUCCGAGCGCUGAGACACACACGCCGCUCACAGCAGACCCCCCCCACCCCUCUUUACUGACUCCUUUGGUUAAAUAAUAAAAACAAGACAAGUCAUUAAUGUCUCGGAACUAAAGGGGAGAACUAAAGGCUCGGGUCCAGUCGGAGGGUGCUUUUUAAUUUAAUUUGUGGAGGAAGAAGACGAGCAAAGCGACACAAGAAAAAGAAGACGACCUUCCGAGUGAGGAAAAACAACAAAGAGUCCGACUCAGAAUGAAUAACAACAAAAUCGAGAAGGAAAACGAGCAGAGUGAAUUCACCAACCACGAAGAGGAGGUCCGAACUCUAUUCGUCAGUGGGCUACCGCUGGAUAUCAAACCACGGGAGCUCUAUCUCCUCUUCAGACCAUUUAAGGGUUACGAAGGAUCCUUGAUAAAGCUCACUUCUAAGCAGCCAGUGGGGUUUGUCAGCUUUGACAGCCGAUCAGAGGCAGAGGCUGCUAAGAAUGCCUUGAACGGUGUCCGUUUUGAUCCGGAGAUUCCCCAAACUCUGCGGCUGGAGUUCGCCAAGGCCAACACCAAGAUGGCUAAAAACAAGCUGGUCGGCACGCCCAACCCCCCUCCCUCCCAGCAGAGCCCCGGCCCUCAGUUCAUUAGCAGAGAUCCAUAUGAGCUCACAGUGCCUGCUCUAUAUCCCAGCAGCCCAGAUGUGUGGGCGUCAUACCCGCUGUACCCGGCAGAGCUGUCGCCGGCCCUUCCGCCCGCUUUCACCUAUCCCUCCUCGCUCCACGCUCAGAUUCGUUGGCUCCCACCUGCAGAUGGAACUCCUCAGGGAUGGAAGUCCAGACAGUUCUGCUGAAGUAUGUGCUCCUGAUGUGUGAUGGUGGCCGUGGCCGGCUGUGACGGGCUUUGCUGUUUGCCUCUUUUCCUUUUUAGAAAUUAGGAGGAAUGACCUGCUUCCAGAUCCUGCAGCAGCGCACCGUCGGCAGCAGCAGCCUUUUGGGCUUCAGGACAUACUAGACCCCAGCCUCCAUCACACAUCAAGCGCCCGUCCCAACCCUCUUCCCGAAGUCUUUGCAACUCUAUUAGAUUUUUUUAUACUGUUACAUACUCGAGCUUUUAGAGGCAGCACUUUGGCUACACCUCCUCUGACUCGUGCGAUGGAAACGGUCCCCGUUUUCCCGAUGGCGUCACAUACGGGAAGAAAGAAAGAAAGACCGCAGGAGGAGAUCCAUGGAAGUGUGGCCAAAGUGCUAUCGAGUAAUGUUGUUAUAAUACUAGAAUUAUUACUAUUCUGUAUAUCAUUCAUAUCAAUGUUAUUAUAAUAAAUACAUGUCGAAGCAUGACUUUGCAAAAAAAAAAAAAAAAUCGAAAAU